AUGUCGCCAUCCGCCACCACGUCUACCCCAACUGGCCAGUCCAUCUUGAACACGGCAAAAACACAGGACGGCGAAGUGAAGCGUAUUCGCAAAAUUCCCGAAUUCUCUACUAAAGAAGCUACAAGACAAUGGCAGCUCAAACAAAUGGCGGGGGCAUUCCGUAUCUUUGCUAAGCUCGGAUACGCAGAUGGAAGCAGUGGGCAUAUCAGUCUGAGAGAUCCGGUUCAACCAGAUACUUUCUGGAUCAAUCCAUAUGGCGUUCACUUCGGGUUACUGACUGUCUCCGACAUGGUUCAUAUUGAUGAGAGCGGCAAUCGUAUCGGAGGCGCAGAAAAGCCCGUCAACACAGCUGGGUUUAUUAUCCACGCUGCAAUUCAUAAACAACGUCCGGAUAUUAAUGCCGCCUGCCAUCUUCACAGCCCUUACGGCCGUGCCUGGUCAACCUUUGGCAAGUCCAUCGACAUGCUCAGCCAGGACAGUUGCAUGUUCUACAACGAUCUAGCAGUUUACGCCAACUUCGGAGGCGUCGUCUUUGCUCAAGAGGAAGGCAAUCGACUGGCCGUCGCUUUGGGUACUACCAAGAAGAACAUCAUUUUGCAGAAUCACGGGCUUCUGACUUCAGGGGGCACGAUUGGUGAAGCAGCGGCUUUCUUUAUUGCUCUGGAACGAGCAUGCCAAGCGCAAUUGCUUGUAGAAGCGGCUAUGGCUCCUAAUGGUUCGCAACUCAAGAAAAAUCUGGUGAGCGAUGAAGAAGCGCAGUAUACAAAGGAUAAUACCGGAAGCCCCGAGGCGAUGUAUAUGCAGUUUGAGCCUGAGUAUCAGAUGAUCUUAAAGGAGUCGAAGGGUGAUUUCUUGCAGUAG